AGCGGUAGGGGUGAUGUCAUCGCUGCGCGACGACAGGAAGUAAGAUCCUGUCCUGUGCAGCUCGGGGUUCCGGGCUUCUGCCUCAGACAUCGCCGCGAUCUCCUCUCCCCUCCAAUCCUAUCCGUGAUGGACGAUGCCCGCGAGUCGCCCUCCGACAAAGGUGGAGAGACAGGGGAGUCGGAUGAGACGGCCGCUGCGUCCGGGGACCCGGGGGCUACCGACACGGAUGGAAUCCCAGAGGAAACUGACGGAGACGCCGAUGCGGACUUGAAAGAAGCUGCAGCGGAGGAAGGCGAGCUCAAGAGUCAGGAUGUCUCAGAUUUAACAACAGUUGAAAGGGAAGACUCAUCAUUACUUACUCCUGCAGCCAAAAAACUGAAAAUAGAUACCAAAGAAAAGAAAGAGAAGAAGCAGAAAGUAGAUGAAGAUGAGAUUCAGAAGAUGCAGUGUUCCAGUUCACUCUGCCAGCAUGUAAUCCUGGUUUCGUCUUUUUCUGAGGAGCAGCUGAACCGUUAUGAAAUGUAUCGCCGCUCAGCUUUCCCUAAGGCAGCCAUCAAAAGGCUGAUCCAGUCCAUCACUGGCACCUCUGUCUCUCAGAAUGUUGUUAUUGCUAUGUCUGGUAUUUCCAAGGUUUUCGUCGGGGAGGUGGUAGAAGAAGCACUGGAUGUAUGUGAGAAGUGGGGAGAAAUGCCACCACUACAACCCAAACAUAUGAGGGAAGCCGUUAGAAGGUUAAAGUCAAAGGGACAGAUCCCUAACUCGAAGCACAAAAAAAUCAUCUUCUUCUAGACCAAAGUCUAGAAAGGCCUGUAUUACUGACGGAAGGAUUGGUUCCAGACUUCCUAGAAGACUGUCUGCACUGGUGCUUUAGUAUCUCAGGCCUCCCAGGAUUCCAUGAUGAUUUUAACAUCUUUCUCAAAACUCUGAUAUUUAUCACACCUAGAAAGUAUGUAGCCUGAUUGAUACUUGCCUUGACUAAAUUUUGGGACCUCUUGGGGCAUUUUGAAGUAUUUAACUGUCUUGGCCAGUUGGAAGAUGUAUGGGCCAUAGGCAUAUUCUGGACAGGGGAACUGCUUUCAGAGAGAAAACCUUUCCAAGAGAGUUUUGUUUUGUUUUGUUUGAGAUAGGGUCUUGCUCUGUUACCUAGGCUGGAGUUCAGCGGCAUGACUGCAGCCUUAAAUUCCUGGACUUCAGUGACCCUCCCGCCUCAGUCUCCUGAGUAGCUAAGACUACAGGCACGCACUACUGUGCCCAGCUAACUUAUUUUUAUUUUUUAUGGAGAUAGGGUCUUGCUUUGUUGCCCAGGCUGGUCGUGAACUCCUGGCUUCAAGCAGUCCUCCUGCCUCAGCCUCCUAAAGUGUCGAGGGCUUUAAUGGUUUCACAUUGAAGUCUGAAGUUGCUAAGACUCAGGUUGUUUCUUACAUCUGGUUUUAAGUAGAUGAAACAACCAGAAACUUACUUGUGAUACUCUGCCACGAAGGAUGCGGCGAUGGCAGGAAUAGUGGAAUAAUUGGUGCUUGUAAACAUUUAAGAUUCUCCUGUGGAUUCUCACCAGAGUGAUCAUUAAACUGUUUUCCAACUUGCC